UGGUAAGAGCUUGGGACCAAGAGGUUUGCUCCCUCUGUGGUCUCAGGUUCGAGCCCUGUGGUUGCUCAUAUGAUGGUCACUAGAGGCUUACAUGGUCGUUAACUUCAGGACCCGUGAGAAUAGUCGAGGUGCGCGCAAGCUGGCCCGGACACCCACGUUAAACUAAAAAAAAUAAAAUAAUAAUAAUAAAAAGAUGGACCAAGAAAAUGCGAUGGGGAACAAAAUGCCCCCCUUUGUUCUUAACUAGGAAGAAGCUUUUGCCUUUCUUCCAUUAUAAUUUUCGUUUUCAUGCCAUCCUAAGCUCCCAUUAUUCUCUGCCUCCUUCACCGCCUUUUCCAUUACAUUUUGCAAGCCCUAGAAGCCAGAGCCAGUAGUGCUACUCAUCUUUCUUUCACUUUUCUGUCAAACACAGCAAGUUGCUAAGAACAAGAAAGAUGGAUGUGUUUGACUAUCAACAACUUGUAAAGGCAACUGGGAGUUUCUCUCCUUCGAGACUUUUAGGCAAAGGAAGCCAUGGAUCAAUCUACAAAGGCAUACUUGAAGAAAAUAAGCUUGUUGCAAUCAAGAAAUCGUCAUCUCUUGGUACUGAUCAUGUCUCUGCUGACAACUCCAAGAAACUUGAGAACGAAAUAUCUGUGCUAUCUUCCCUACGUGAAAGUCCAUAUGUCAUCAACUUUCUUGGAACGAGUCAUUAUCAUCACAACUCAAAUUGCAAGGAGAAGAACAGGGUUUUGGUUUUGGAGUUUAUGCCUAAUGGUUCUCUCCAUGACUUGCUCCAUGUUGAUGCCACUCCACCACCAUGGCCUAAACGUGUAGAAAUCGCUAUUCAAAUUGCAAGGGCAGUCCAAUUCCUUCAUGAAGGCAAGCCUUUGGUUAUUCAUAGAGACAUCAAAUCUGCUAAUAUUUUGUUUGACAUAAAUUGGAAGGCUAAGUUGGCAGAUUUCGGACUCUCAGUGUUGCUAGCAGACUCAUCAAGUCAUGAUCAUGCAACUCAACCGGCUGGCACUAUUGGGUACUUGGACCCUUCUUACACCACUCCAAGCAAACUAAGCACUAAGAUUGAUGUCUUCAGCUAUGGAGUUGUUUUGUUAGAGAUCAUUAGUUGUCAGAAAGUGAUUGAUGUCUCGAGGUCGCCAUCUUCAAUUGUUGAGUGGGCAGUGCCAUUGAUUGAAGAGCAAAGAUUGAUGGAGAUAUGCGACACAAGAAUUGCACUGCCAACAUUCAUGGAGGGCACGAUUAAGCACUUGUUAUAUGUGGCAGCACGUUGUGUGUCUUGCAGGGAAGAAAAUCGUCCAUCCAUUACUGAAAUUGUAAAGGGGAUGGAUAAGAAUUGUUUGGUUGAAAGAGUACAAAUGCCCAGUUGGACAAGUCUCAUGAGGAGCGUGAUACUAACGAGAAGGCCAAGAGAAUUGGCUGAGCAAUGGCAGCAGGCAAAAUGUGAUGAUGCAAAUUGUGACAUUUCUAAAGGGAUGAAGGCAUAUUUAUGGGAGAUAUUGGCUUAUAUUACUACACUCGAAUAAUUAUUUAAAUGUUGGACUUUUUUUCUUUUUUCCUUUCAAAAUACCACAUUCAACAAUAGUUUUUUUGCAAACUAACACAACUACGAAAAAAAAUGCAGGAAAUCAGCUAUUGAAAAUAGCGCAACCAACUCCCAGCAGCACGACUUGGUUGCGUUAAUCCUAGUAGCGCAACAAAAAAAAAGUGCUAUUUCCCUAAUUUUUUCUUUUAUUGUGUUAGUUUGCUAUUUUAUUUUUUAUUUUUUAAAAAAAGACUAAUUAACUAUUGAUACAUUUUGGCCAAUGACCAGUCAGGGGGUUGGCCACAGCUCUUUUCUGUUUAUAUAUAAUUUGCGUGUAAAAUCAACCUGCAGUGCACGUAGUCUCCAAACAGAAAAUUCCCGAAAGUGGGUGCCCAAAGGAUACAGCAUCAGAGGUUAUGUUUCUACUUUCUUUGCCAUCUUUUCAUUGAUGAAGAUGGGUUGCACCCAGUUGUGUAAGUGUCAUCUGUGCACUGUGCAGUAAGGAAAAGCUUUGUCUGCCCAAAGGGUUAUUAUUAAUAGCUAGCUGAUGCAUCGUCCAGGAAACCAGGAAGAGUGGGACGCAAGCAAAUGAAUUGAAUGUUCACGAAAUUCCUUUGCGUCGCUGAUCAAAUAUUAUACACUCUCGAUAUCUUGAAAUUAAGCCUUGAAUGUGCCAAUAUCGCCCAUGUAUUAAUGUUCUGUGACAUGUUUGAUUUUGUUUACAUUGAUGAAAAAUUGUUUCGUGAAA